AUGCAUAGAAUGUAUCUGAACAUGCUUGCUUCUUCUAACGGUGACCGCAAGAGGAAGGCGCCGGAAGAAGGUCGUGAAAUGACGCACUCGCCGUCGUCGCCGCCGCCGCCAGGGUUCCCCAUUCCGCGGUUUAGGAGGGAAGGAGCGGGAGCGGGAACGCCGCCGCCGUUGAACCUGCAGUUACGCCUUGGCCAACCAGGAUCGCCGUCCCAGUUGCCGCCGCCGCCGCCGCCGCGGUUCCCCACCCCGCUGCCGUUGAACCCGCAGUUGCAUCUUUAUCAACCAGGAGCGUCGUCGUCCCUGCAGAGCGUCACGCCACACGCGCCCCUAGACCUUAAGUAUUAUUACAACGAGGCCAUGAGUGAACUGCUAGACGAAAUGCGCAAGCGGAAACAGGCGUGGGAGAUGCAGAAGAAGGCGAUGGAAGCCAUGAUUGCCAAUUACAGAACUCAAGCUCUGAUCAUGGCGGAGAGGGUGAAGGCUCUUGAGAAAACCAACGCUGCUCUCCAUGUCGCCCUGCACCUGCAGCCCACGCCUCCGGCCGGCGGCGGCGAUGGGGCGGCUAGUGGUGAAGUUGUGGUGGUUAAAUUCAGCUGCAAAAUGUGCUGGAGAGAGUCUGCAACGAUGAUGGCAUGGCCGUGCCGCCAUCUCUGCCUGUGCAAGAACUGUGCGGAGACAACGACAAAGUGCUGCCCCAUUUGCCAUGCUACAUUCCAAGACUGCAUUGCAGUCAAUUUUUACUAA